GGUGGGCCUGGCGGACCUAAUACAACUCCUAACGAGGAUGCCAUGGCGGUGGCCACUAGGUUCACCACACAAAGAACUACGACCCGCCGCCGCCGGCGCACCGCUCCGAAACGAUGGACCUUCGACGAGAACUGUGACUACACAGCAUACUACUGCCUGAGGGCCUUCAAUACAGGAAGUGUAUGUGGCAAGACGAUAUAUUAUAACCACAUGACGUUUAAGAACUACUGCAUGAUUGAGUACGUCAACUGCAUGGAGAGAUAUGACGUUUGGCAAGUAACACACAUGGGCCCAUGUUUUCCUGUAAAAUUGUUUACGGAUUACUUACAUUACGAAUAUGACAACGAUGAUUUUCUGGAUCGAGAUUACAUGGUAGAAGACAUGUGACAGCAAAUAGUG